UGGAGCAAGAAAGUAGAGAGAGACAGUGAGAGUUUUAGUUUAUCUCUCUAGAAACUAAAACACGAAAACUCAUCAAGAUUAUUGUGAUUGAGAAUUAGAGAAAGGGAAGAAGAAUGUGCAAUUGAGAUGAAAUUGAAAAGAAGAACAAAGCAAAACAGUCCUCGUGAGGCCACGUGGCAUAGUUAGAGUGGAAGAGUGCUUUUUGGGUUUGAAACAAACAGCAACAACUCUCUCUCUCUCUCUCUUCUCUCUCUCUCUCUCUCCUGCCAUGUCAGAGUGUUAACCCCGUCCUAUGACCCCGGCGAAUCCGUAUUUGUGUGUCUUUCUCUCUCUAAACCCACUCUUUCUCUCUCUACACAAACAUCAACAACAACACCUAUCUCAUUUCUCUUUCUCUCUCUCUCUCUAUUUAUACAUUUGUCUGCCCCUUUCUCGUAUUUUCUCUCUCCUCGAAUCUCUCUCCCAUCUCUCCUCUCUCUCGGUGCUGUAUCCCAUCCUUGCCCUAACACUUCCCCCUUUUCUCAAUCUCAUGCAAUCUUAUUGCUCUUUCAUCCAUCAACCAGAUUGGACACAUGUGAAUGAAUAAGGAAAUCAAAUAAUCAGCACCUAAAAUGCUUAACAGGAACUGGGUUUUAAAACGCAAGCGGAGAAAACUUCUUAAAGGACAGGAUCAGUCCUCCGGUAAAGAGAAAUCCAAUGGUAAAGAAGACAAUUCAGUUGCAUCUGAAUCUUCUAUGAGUGUUUCAGCUAAACGCAUGCUAAAGACUGAAGAAGCCACCGGUCAAUUUUCAUCUAAGAAGAAGGGACAUGAUGGGUAUUUCUAUGAAUGCGUGAUCUGUGAUCUUGGUGGCAACUUAUUGUGCUGCGAUAGCUGUCCUCGCACUUAUCAUAAACAGUGUCUUGACCCUCCUCUUAAGCGCAUCCCAAUGGGGAAGUGGCAAUGUCCAAGCUGCUUUGAAGGAAAUGAUCAACUAAAUCCCUUAAACCACCUGGAUUCAAUUUCAAGACGAGCGAGGACGAAGACUGUACCUGCAAAAUCAAAAGCUGGAGAUAACUCCCUCAACCUGGAAAAGGUUUCUGGAAUUUUCGGAAAUAAACAUAUUUCAAAGAAAAGGUCCUCCUCCAGCAAAGGAAAAUCUAUUUCAACUAUGGGAGGCAAAUUCGUUGGAAUGAAACCAGCGUCUUCCCCAGUAGACGAAACUGGUAGCGACAAGCUAGUGGACCCAUCCCUUGAGAGCACGGAAGGAACUUCAUCAUGCGGGGAUGCUGAUGAAAAGAACUUGAAUUUGUCCCCAACAGUCUCACCUAAGGACACGAAGUCAGCCUCACCUGAUAAGGAAGUGUUAUCUCCCUCGAAAAUUACUAAUUUAGACGCAGAUGAUGAUCUGCUGGAGGAGAAGCCUGAUUUAUCUUGUGAUAAAAUUCCUUUGAGAAAAAAACUUGUUCUUGCUAUUACUGCUGGUGGAGAGGAAAUGAGAAAAAGGAAGCUUAAAUUUAUUAACGAUAAUGCUAAUCAAAAGAAGCGUAGGACUGAUAAAGGGAAAAAAAUUGUCAUUACUUCUGUAAAGUCAAAGUCUUCAAACAAUAAAGUCCACAAGAAGCAAAAGUCCACAACACAUAGAAUUUCCACAUCUGUAUCAAAAGGGGAUGUCGGAAAAAAGAAAUCUGAUGCUCGGCAGAAAGAUAAGAAGUUUUCUAAGGUAAUGAAAGACACGUCCAAUGAGCUUAAUAAAGCAAGAAGUCACAUGGAGGAUACUUUAAUGCAUGAAGACAAUGCUAUUCUUGAAUCUCUGCAGGUUGAUCGAGUCUUAGGGUGUCGAGUUAAAGGUGAGAACAUCAACUCAUUACGGAACUUAUCCUUGAAAGUUGGGGAUGACUCACCUUCUGGCGAUAUGGUAAUGUCAGAAAACCAGACCAGGCUACUAGAAGAUUACUCUGCUUGUGAUAAUGAUGUGAAUGUUGAAUCGGCUAAAAAUCUUGUUGAUGAUUCUCAAAAUGUCAAGAGUUCUGAUGAAGGAAAGUUGAAAAGCACUGAUGGAGUGGAAAAAAUUAAUGUAUACAGGAGAUCAAUAUCAAAGGAAAGUAAGAAUGGAAAUCUCAUAAAUUCAUUGGGUAAAGCCACCGAUGAUUUAGGUUCCUGUGCCAUGGGUGGUAUAGAUCAGGAUGAUUCUGCUGUAUCUGCUGAACAGUUGGAACAAGCAAAUGACAAGUUGGAGACAGAGGAGAAUCUUAAUGUUGUUUUAAGAGGUGACAGGAACAGCGAGCUUCCAAAAAAUUGUGAAAUGCACGUCCCUCUUAAAACAAAACAAAAGGAAGUGGAUGCGGAGAAGGGAAUGGGUAGCGGUGUUGACAAUAAAGUUCAGGAUGCUAAUGCAGUUGAAUCUUCAUGUCCAAAUGGAGACAAGGUUUCCUAUGAAUUUUUAGUUAAGUGGGUAGGAAAGUCUCAUAUUCACAAUAGUUGGAUUUCUGAAUCCCAACUAAAAGUUCUUGCAAAGAGAAAACUAGAAAAUUACAAGGCAAAGAAUGGGAUGGCAAUAAUAAAUGUUUGUAAGGAACAGUGGAAGAUUCCUCAGCGGUUGCUUGCUAUUCGCACUUCCAAAGAUGGAGCAUCUGAAGCAUUUGUUAAAUGGACCGAACAACCUUAUGAUGAAUGCACUUGGGAAAACUUAGACGAACCCGUGCUCCAAAAUUCUUCUCAUUUGAUUGCACGUUUUAAUAUGUUUGAAACACUCACACUGGAAAGGGAUGCAUCAAAGGAAAAUUCAACUAAAAAAGGCAAUGACCAUCAAAGUGAUAUAUUUAAUCUUGUAGAGCAGCCUAAAGAACUGAAAGGUGGUUCUUUGUAUCCCCAUCAGCUUGAGGCUCUGAACUGGUUGCGUAGAUGCUGGUAUAAGUCUAAAAAUGUGAUACUUGCUGAUGAGAUGGGACUUGGGAAAACAAUAUCUGCUGGUGCUUUUAUUUCAUCAUUGUAUUUUGAAUUCAAAGUUUCACGUCCUUGUUUGGUCCUGGUACCUCUUACCACAAUGCCCAAUUGGCUUGCUGAAUUCACGCUAUGGGCUCCAGAUGUGAACGUUGUAGACUAUCAUGGCUGUGCAAAAGCAAGAGGCGUAAUUCGGCAGUAUGAAUGGCAUGCAAGUGAUCCAAGUGGAUUGAAUAAGAAAACAGAAGCCUAUAAAUUUAAUGUGCUUUUAACUACAUAUGAAAUGGUUCUUGCUGAUUAUUCUCAUUUGCGGGGAAUUCCUUGGGAAGUUCUUGUUGUUGACGAGGGCCAUCGAUUGAAAAAUUCAGACAGUAAGCUCUUCAGCUUGCUAAAUACAUUCUCUUUUCAACAUCGUGUUCUCUUGACGGGUACCCCUCUUCAGAACAACCUUGGUGAGAUGUACAACUUGCUUAAUUUCUUACAGCCAGCUUCGUUUCCUUCUCUAUCUUCAUUUGAGGAGAGAUUUAACGAUCUUACGACUGCAGAGAAAGUUGAUGAAUUGAAAAAACUAGUUUCUCCUCAUAUGCUUCGCAGACUUAAAAAGGAUGCGAUGCAAAAUAUUCCUCCCAAGACAGAAAGAAUUGUUCCUGUUGAGUUGUCAUCCAUCCAAGCUGAAUAUUAUCGUGCAAUGCUUACAAAGAAUUAUCAAAUAUUGCGGAAUAUUGGGAAAGGUAUUGCUCAUCAAUCUAUGAUGAACAUUGUGAUGCAACUGAGGAAGGUCUGCAAUCAUCCAUAUCUUAUACCAGGGACUGAGCCUGAUUCUGGAUCUGUUGAGUUCCUUCAUGAAAUGAGAAUAAAGGCUUCAGCUAAGUUGACUCUUCUGCAUUCUAUGCUAAAGAUUUUGUACAAUGAAGGUCACAGAGUUCUUAUUUUCUCACAAAUGACAAAACUUCUUGACAUCCUGGAGGACUAUUUGAACAUAGAAUUUGGGCCUAAAACAUACGAGAGAGUGGACGGCUCUGUCUCCAUAGCAGAUCGUCAGACAGCAAUUGCACGAUUCAACCAAGACAAAAGCCGAUUUGUUUUCUUGUUAUCAACUAGGUCCUGUGGACUUGGGAUAAAUUUGGCCUCUGCGGACACUGUCAUCAUCUAUGAUUCUGAUUUCAACCCUCAUGCAGAUAUACAAGCAAUGAAUCGAGCACACAGAAUUGGGCAAUCAAAUAGACUUUUGGUAUACCGGCUUGUGGUUCGUGCCAGCGUUGAAGAACGCAUCUUGCAGCUUGCUAAGAAGAAAUUGAUGCUUGAUCAACUUUUUGUAAAUAAAUCUGGAUCUCAAAAAGAAGUAGAAGAUAUUUUAAAAUGGGGAACUGAAGAACUCUUCAAUGAUUCUCCUGGCCUUAAUGGAAAAGACACAAAUGAAAAUAAUAAUAGUCACAAAGAUGAGGCAGUAGCAGAUAUAGGACAUAAGCAUCGGAAACAGAAGCACCGGAAGAGGACUGGUGGUCUUGGUGACGUAUAUGAGGAUAAGUGUACAGAUAGCAGUAGCAAGAUUCUGUGGGAUGAAAAUGCCAUUUUAAAAUUGCUUGAUCGUUCAAACCUUCAAGAUGGUUCAACUGAUAUUGCUGAAGGGGAUUCUGAGAAUGACAUGCUGGGUUCAGUGAAGGCCCUUGAGUGGAAUGACGAACCAACUGAAGAACAUGUAGAGGGUGAAUCCCCUCCUCAUGGAACCGAUGAUAUGGGUACACAAAAAUCUGAGAAGAAAGAGGAUAACACAGUGAUUGGCAGCGAAGAAAAUGAAUGGGACAGACUAUUGCGUGUGAGGUGGGAGAAAUAUCAAAGUGAGGAGGAAGCAGCUCUUGGUCGUGGGAAGCGGCAGAGGAAAGCUGUUUCUUACAGAGAAGCAUAUGCUCCACACCCAAGUGAAGCAGUGAGUGAGAGUUGCGAGGAGGAAAAAGAACCAGAACCUGAGCGUGAAUAUACACCAGCAGGACGGGCCCUGAAGACAAAAUUUGCUAAACUCCGUGCUCGGCAAAAGGAACGACUUGCUCAGAGGAAUGCAGUUAAAGAAUCACAUCCUGCAGAAGCACUUCCAGGUACGGAGUCACUCAUGCAUCCUCCAGUCAUUGCAAAUGAUGGAGAUCUAGGUGCUGGGCCAAAACAUUCAGUUCCAGAAGGAACUUCUACCAACAUAGAGGACAGCAAAAAUAUUCAACUUUCAGAAGCUCAAAAUAGCAACGCUGAUUUCUUAUCAAGGAUCGACAAGCUAUCGAAACAUAAAAUGAGCCAUCACUUUGAUGCUUCUGAUGAUACUCCAGCUCGAUCGUUGCCUCCAAAUUACCACCAUAAAGGGGUGACGAACAUGAAAAACUCUGUGCCCGACAACAAUUUGUUGCCUGUUCUGGGACUCUGUGCUCCUAAUGCUAACCAGUUUGAAUCAUCAGAGGGUAACACUUCAAAAUUAAAUUGGAGACAAAAUAGGCGUGGAGCCAGACAAGAGUUUCCAUUCAGUCUUGCCCCUUGCACUGGGACAUCCAUGGAUGCUGAGGCAAGAAGUAAAGAAAAGGCAGCAAAUGCCAAACUGUCAGAUGCAUCAGCAGAAAAUUUACAACAAAGUUUCAAAAAUAGCAUCCCUGAUAACUUCCUCCCAUUUGUUCCAUUUCCACCCUCUGUGCAAGGAAAGGAAUCUGAUGCAGGUGAGAGUUCAGGUGCUAGAUACGCUGCUUUCCAGGAGAAAAUGGCCCUGCCAAACCUGCCAUUCGAUGAAAGGUUGCUGGCGAGAUUUCCACUCACCACUAAGAGCUUUCCAAAUUCACAUCCAGACCUCUUACCUAAUUUGUCGUUAGGAGGCAGACUCGAAGCUCUGAGUGGAUCUAUGCAAGACCUUCCAACAUUACCUAAUUUCAAAAUACCCCCAGAAGAUUUAUUUAGAUAUAAUCAUCAAGACAGGGAUGUUCCCCCCACCUUGGGUUUAGGACAAAGGCCAACCACAUUAUCGUCUUUCCCAGAAAACCAUCGGAAGGUCCUUGAAAACAUAAUGAUGAGAACUGGAUCUGGAUCGAGUAGUUUACUGACGAAAAAAAAGUCAAAAUCAGAUGGUUGGUCUGAAGAUGAACUUGAUUCCCUCUGGAUCGGUGUUCGUAGGCAUGGAAGGGGUAAUUGGGAUGCCAUGCUCAGAGAUACCAAGUUAAAGUUUUCAAAGUAUAAAACAUCUGAAGAUUUAUCAGUGAGGUGGGAGGAGGAACAAGUUAAGGUCUUUCAGGGGCCAGCCUUUCCUGUGCAACAAAGAUCGUCUUCCAAGGCAACCAAGUCUACCAAAGCUUCGCAUUUUCCAAUCUCUGAUGGAAUGAUGGAAAGGGCCUUGCAAGGUAGCAAAUUUCUUUUGCCACCAAAGUUUCAAAACCAUAUGACUGACAUGAAAUUAGGGUUAGGUGGUUCUGCAUCUGGUCUUCCACAUUUUAGAACAAUGGACCGACCUAGUCUGCCAAAUGAUCACUUUGCACCUUUUCCAUCUUGGAACUAUGAUAAAAACAGAGCGAAAUUUCCUGAUGAUGCUUCUGCUGAAACAUCUGAUAGACCAGGAACUUCUUCCAAUGCGCUGACAGAAAGACCAUUUCUGCUCAAUUCUUUUGGAACCAGCAGCUUGAGUUCUUUAGGUUUGAAUUGCUCGGGCAACAUUUAUAUACAGCAGCAGGAGGAUGAGCGCAGAAACACCAAGCGUGGAAAGUUGCCUGUACUUUUGGAUGGAACGCCGAACGACAUGCAUGAUAAUAAUAGCAUCAACGUAGGAAAUGGUGAAUCUACUAGCUCAGGAUUGUUAUCCAACCCCACGAAACCAGAUCUCAUGGACUCAAAAGGGGAAGAAGUAGCUGGAAGUAGUUCUUCAAAAGACAAGCUUCCACAUUGGUUACGACAAGCCGUUAGUUCCCCUGCCAAACUUCCUGAUCCUGAACUGCCACCCACAGUAUCGGCCAUUGCUCACUCAGUUCGCAUGCUAUAUGGAGAUGACAAGCCGACAAUUCCUCCGUUUGUGAUCCCUGGACCGCCUCCCUCCCUACCGAAAGACCCCAGGUGUAAUCUCAAGAAGAAAAGGAAGAGAAGAUCACACAAGUCCGAGCAGUUUCUUCCAGAUUGGUCUAUGGACUUUCACCACAGCAAUCAUGGUGAUAAUGGUGCCUCAAGCUCAACUCCCUUGCCACCGCCGUUUCCUAUACUUCCUCCGACAGGACCUCAGCAGAUUGAAUCUGACCUCAACUUGCCCCCUCUUAAUUUAAAAGUGGCGAACUCAUCACACUCAUCGAAAAAGACAAGCUGCUCGGGACUAUCUCCUUCUCCUGAAGUGCUCCAGUUGGUUGCCUCCUGUGUUGCUCCUGGCUCUCAUCUUCCAUCAAUUCCAAGCUCUUCAAGCUUUCUUGAGAGCAAGCUUCCAUCACAAAGGCCCAUCGGCAGAGCCAAAUUCAAAGACUCAGAAGGUGCCUUCAGAAAUAAGAAGCCUAGGCAGAUUUCACCAGAAAAGUGGUGUUCACCUGAAGAGCAUAAAGUAGAACAAGUCCAUGAUAGUGGAGAUUCCAGUAAAACUCAGUCAGAUCCCUCCCGGGUUGAACGGUUGCAUGAAGUGGAAGUAUCAUCUGAGGGAACUGUCUCAGAUCAUUCUGUGAGGGAUCCAGAAACAUAACUGUAGUAGUGGCUUUUGGAUAAAAAUUGAAUCCUUAUUCUUGCUGCUGAAGCCUUUUCACCAAUGUGCUAGAAUUUUUGUAGGUAUGACAGUGAGUGAACUAGCAAAUAUAUAUAGUAUUGUUGAGAACAUGUAAAGUUUUUUCUCCAAGUGAAAUGAAAUAUAUAGUGUUGCUUGCUGUGUAUUGUGUACUUUGUAGCCCUUUUUGUCUUAUCAUUCCAUGGCAAUUUUUGCAAUUGGAAUGGGAUAACAAUAAUUCUUCGUGACAAUCAAUAUACCUUGUAUUAGUAUGAACUGUGAAGUAUGCCUUUGGAGGUCAUGGCAUUUCCUUGAAAGAGCUCAAUUCUACAAAUGUAGUUCAGAGUAAAAUACAGUAUGUACUAUGUAUUAUGUGAAAAACUGAUAAUUUGUUAUUUGUCAUUCAUCUAAUAGAAUUAAAUGGGUCUCCGAAAUUUUCCC